UGUCAGACAUAGUUAGUGAGCUGUCCCAAAGUGAGACCACGUAUAACUCACCUCAACAAGAUAGGUGAGAGCGCAAAGUGUGUCGAACACAAUCACUCACACAAAAAGGAAACAAAUCACUAUUCUCCAAAUAAAAGACGAUAAUCCAACGAUCCACACGAUAAACGCCACGUGGAAGAUAGAUCCACAGCAAUCCCACCUUUUAAUCUUCUCGCCUCUCCUUCACAGUCUCCACGCCAUUUCCACAAGCCACAACACAAAUCCUCUCAAGCACACAAAAAUGGCCUCAACAGCUCUCUCAAGCGCCAUCGUCGGAACAUCCUUCCUCCGCCGCCAAACAACUCCCAUCAGCCUCCGUUCCCUCCCCUCAGCCAACACUCAAUCCCUCUUCGGUCUCAAAUCAGGCACCGCACGCGGCGGACGCGUCACCGCCAUGGCUACAUACAAGGUCAAGUUCAUCACUCCAGAAGGUGAGCAAGAGGUUGAGUGCGACGACGACGUCUACGUCCUCGACGCUGCGGAGGAAGCCGGGAUCGACUUGCCUUACUCUUGCCGUGCUGGUUCGUGCUCAAGCUGUGCCGGCAAAGUUGUGUCUGGAUUUGUUGACCAGUCUGACCAGAGUUUCCUCGAUGAUGACCAGAUUGCUGCAGGGUUUGUUCUCACUUGCGCGGCUUAUCCUACCUCUGAUGUUACCAUUGAGACCCACAGAGAAGAUGACAUUGUUUAAAACAAAAGCUCGAUAAUAUGCUUUUGAUGGUUUCAUAAUCAUUGUCUUUACAUUUUGGGUUGAGUUUGUUGCUACUUAGUAAAAUCUAUUGUUGUCUGUUGUAAUUUUUCUUGCGUUGGACCACCUUUUGGUAAGAUCAAUGGAUAACAUGUGUAAACUAUGAUCAUGCAAAUUCUGGAAAACUUUUGAUGAGAAUCAAACAUUAUCUUUAAACA